AUGCAAACCUCCUUCUUCUCCUUCAAUAAUUCAAACCAGAAUUCAUCUUCUGGUUUUGAAGGAGAUGAAGGGAGUUUUUCGUCAGCAGAAGAAGCUCAAGGAAAGCAAGUUCAAAACUUGAAGAACCAUUUCCAUGGCGGAAAUUCUAGCAAUGCAACCACUUCACUCCCACCUCCUCCUAAAAAGAAAAGAAACCUACCAGGAACUCCAGAUCCUACAGCAGAAGUUAUUGCUUUAUCACCAACGACACUCAUGGCAACCAACAGAUUUGUGUGUGAAAUCUGCAACAAAGGGUUUCAGAGAGACCAAAACCUACAAUUGCACCGACGAGGCCAUAAUCUUCCAUGGAAACUAAGACAAAGAACUAGCACAGAGACUAGGAAGCGAGUGUAUGUAUGCCCAGAGCCAUCUUGUGUUCAUCACAAUCCAGCUCGAGCACUAGGCGACCUCACAGGGAUAAAAAAGCAUUAUAGCAGGAAACAUGGAGAGAAAAAAUGGAAAUGUGACAAGUGUUCCAAGAAAUAUGCGGUUCAAUCUGAUUGGAAAGCUCAUCAAAAGACAUGCGGCACUCGAGAAUAUAAGUGUGAUUGUGGUACCAUAUUCUCAAGGAGAGAUAGCUUUAUAACUCAUAGAGCAUUUUGUGAUGCAUUAGCCGAAGAAAACAACAAGGUGAACCAAGGGAUGUUACAACCUCAACAUAUGCAUGAUCAUAUAAUGUCAUCAAAUUCAAUCGACUCUGGGAACAUGUUAAUGGGUUUACCCGAUUUUAACAAUUAUGAACCAAAAGCCUCGAUUAAAUCAUUGCCUCGUCAAGACUUGGUUCCAGUGCCAUUCAAGCCUUUAAACAUGUCAGCAGACAUGUAUUCGAGUAGUUCCGGUACCCUUUUUGGAAACCCAAGAGGUGGGUCCUCAUCGUCUUCAGGGUUACAACUUAGCUCGACAAAUGGAUCGUUGGGCUACGGAUACUUCCAACAAGAUAGUAAGGUUGGGGGACUACUUCCUGGUCUCGCAGGCCAUAUGUCUGCUACAGCGUUGCUUCAAAAAGCGGCCCAAAUGGGUGCUACUGCAAGCAAUGGCGUUAAUUCUCCAAUGAUGCAAAAGAGUUUUGUUACGAGCAUGACAGGCCCGGAUCAACUCAAUUCACUUAGGUCAAAGCCUGUAUCACCUUAUGGAAUUCAACAAACAGGGGGUUAUGAUAGUUUUCACAUCCAACCUAAUCAUACAAGUAUUAUUGGAAUCAAUGACGGAAGUGAAGGCUAUAAUCCCUUGCAAAAGCCCAACCCACAAGAUUCAUUCGGGUCUGGCCCUAAUCCAAAUAUGAAUGAUUUGGGAAUUUACAGUGAAUUGUUGAUGGGAGGUCAUCAAGAUCAUGAUACUACAAAGAACAUGGAAAAUCAUGAAGAUAGAAGUGAUGAAAACUCAACCUUGAUUCAAGGGAGAGGGAAACUGAGUAUGGCGUCAAAGUUAGGCGGCAAUGACAUGUUAACGGUUGAUUUCUUAGGGAUCGGAGGAGCAAGAUCACUAAAUACUCAGGAACAAGAACAAAGAUUCAACGGGUUCGAAGCAACAAGCCAAGUAAUGAAUCCUUUUCAGCAAGAACUUAUUCAUGGUGAGUCUUCAGCCCAUGAAAAACCCAUUUGGGAAUAAUAAACCAAGAGAUAAAAGCCCAUUAAUUUUCAAAAGUUCUUUUUUGAUACGAUCAAGUAGUUUGGGACUCACAAUCAUAAUGGACCUCAUGGGCUAAAAAAAUCUAAUUGGGAUAAUGGGACCCGCCAGACUCAAACACUCGAAGAGUCAAACUAACCUUGUAAUAAUUAUGGAUUCAUAAUCAUAGAGGUAGUAUUAAGUUUUGCGGAAAAAUGAUAGAAUAUUUUGUUUAUUUCACC